UCACCUUUCAUGAUGGACGUUGUAUCCAAAGCUGGCUUAUUGGUCUCCCGCUCUACGGCCUCAAGUUCGUAUGGCGUCUUUUAUAUGACUGCACUGAUAUGCGUUGCAUUCUGGGCUAUGCUGUGUUUGCAAACGUUCUGGUACUUUGCAAGCUACGACAGUGACAAAAAAUUGCUCAAAUUUCUGGUCGUGUUUCUAUGGGCGAUCAGCACGGCGCAGACGUAUGUUAUCGUGUAUGGAGCAUGGGCAUACAUGAUCGACCAUUUCGGCGACUAUUCAUUUCUGAUGCAAAUGGUUCCUCCAUUCGCUACGCAGUUUAUUUUUGCAGCUACAGCCACAGUCACAGUCCAGGCCUUCUUUGUCUUCAGAAUAUGUCGUUGGCGAUUUUCCAGAUUGUUUCCGCUUUCAUUGCUGAAGGAUCUUGCGAUCGCGUACCUCGCAGUUUCCCUCUUCAUCGACAUAGUCACCGCAAUAUUUCUGCUUGCACUAUUGCGUCGGCACAAGAAACAAACCCAAAUUCGAAGCACAUCGAAAAUUAUCCAGCGACUCAUGGUCCUGGCUGUCCUAAACAUGGUCUGGACAACAGCAUUUGCUAUUUGUGAUUUGGUCACAUUCGUUUCCCUCCAGGAAGAUUCUUUCUACAUGCUCUUUGAUAUGCCUAUCUGCUCUUUGUACUGCAACACCCUCCUUGCAAACCUUAACAUGAGGACGUCCCUUGGAGAGCGGCAAUCAUCGGCGGUGGAUAUGGACUUGGCAACAUUUGAUACAGUUGGACCCCAACCUGUAGCUCUGGGGCUAGGAAAUGAUACUAAGGUCUCUACGCAGAGUAGUUCGCGUGUGAGCUCGGAACCGGCAGUAUGAUCUUGGAUUCCCAUACUCGUUUGACGUUCGUUUAUCUAUUAUGUCCCCCAUGAUACCGGACCUUUCUUGAUUGUAUGUUAGACAUGUCCAGCCUGGUUACAGAGAUUGUGAGUA